UGAGAGCUGGACUCGUUACCAAAUGGCUUUUAUCCAAGUAGAGGCGCCUGAGAGCGCACAGCCCGUUGAGUGGGAGCGCAGUCGCAGGUUAUCCAUCGCCUUGUGCAAGUUGUGUACCGUCACUCUGCCGCCUCUGGGAUCUUCCUUUAUAUAGAUGUGAGACUUAACAAACCCAUCUCAUUCAGCUGCGGGUGCAGAUUGUUUUCCUUUUUAUUCUUUUGUGCCCUCUCUCCACUCUGCACCCCCCCCUGAUUGGGCUUUAUUCAUCCUUCGUGUUUGUAAAGGCGAUUGUUAGCGCGCAUCAUCGCGGGAGCCAAAAGGAGGUUUGCCACUGUUCCAUAGGAGACCGCGGGCCGCCCGGGCGUCAUGACGGCUGAGAAGACUGGGCCUGUUAUAAAUGGCAAACCAGAGGACGGCAGGGACCCGGACGGGUCCAGCUCCAGCCUCGACAAUGAGGAGUACAAUGAGAGGGGCAUGUGGAACAACAAGAUUGAGUUCAUCCUGUCUGUGGCCGGAGAGAUCAUCGGGCUGGGCAACGUUUGGAGGUUCCCUUACCUCUGCUACAAGAACGGAGGAGGUGCCUUCUUCGUUCCAUACGUCAUCUUCUUCAUAUGCUGCGGUAUCCCCGUGUUUUUCCUGGAGACGGCCUUGGGUCAGUUCACAAGUGAAGGAGGCAUCACAUGCUGGAGGAAAGUUUGCCCGUUGUUUGAGGGUAUUGGCUACGCCACACAGGUGAUUGAAGCCCAUCUUAACGUGUACUACAUAGUGAUCUUAGCCUGGGCCAUUUUCUACCUCUUCAACUGUUUCACGACUGAGCUGCCGUGGGCUAGCUGUGACCACUACUGGAAUACAGAAAACUGCAUUGAUUAUUACGGGGAAAACUCCACCAACAUCACCAACCCCAAUGCAACGUCUCCAGUCAUUGAGUUCUGGGAACGCAGAGUCCUGAAGAUAUCAGAUGGUAUUGAGCACAUGGGAGGGAUGCGCUGGGAGCUGGCCAUGUGUCUGGCUCUGGCCUGGUUCAUCUGCUACUUCUGCAUCUGGAAGGGACCCAAGUCCACUGGCAAGGUUGUGUACGUAACGGCUACCUUCCCAUACGUCAUGCUGCUGAUCCUCCUGAUCAGGGGCGUCACACUGCCGGGAGCUUUUGAUGGCAUUAAGUUCUACCUCUACCCCGACAUUUCACGUCUCUCUGACCCUCAGGUGUGGGUGGAUGCAGGGACCCAAAUUUUCUUCUCCUAUGCCAUCUGCCUGGGCUGUCUCACUGCUCUUGGAAGUUACAAUUCCUACAACAACAACUGCUACAGGGACUGCAUCAUGCUGUGCUGUCUGAACAGCGGUACCAGCUUUGUGGCAGGUUUUGCCAUCUUCUCCGUUCUGGGCUUCAUGGCCUAUGAACAAAAUGUUCCCAUCGAGGCUGUAGCUGAAUCUGGUCCUGGACUUGCAUUCAUUGCAUACCCCAAAGCUGUAACUAUGAUGCCUCUGUCUCCACUUUGGGCUUGUCUCUUCUUUAUGAUGCUCAUCUUCCUGGGCUUGGACAGUCAGUUUGUUUGUGUGGAGAGUUUAGUGACAGCUGUGGUGGACAUGUACCCAGAAACCUUCAGAAAGGGCUACCGCAGAGAGCUGCUUAUUCUUUGCAUGUCCAUAGUUUCCUUCCUCAUAGGACUCAUCAUGUGUAUGGAGGGAGGAAUGUACGUCUUCCAGCUGUUUGACGCGUAUGCAGCUAGCGGGAUGUGUUUGCUGUUUGUGGCCAUAUUUGAGUCCAUAUGUAUCGGCUGGGUGUAUGGCGGCGACAGAUUCUACCUAAAUAUCGAGGACAUGAUUGGAUACAAACCUUUCUUCCUCAUCAAAUGGUGCUGGAUGAUCCUGACCCCGGGCAUCUGUGCUGGGAUUUUCCUGUUCUUCCUGAUUAAAUACAAACCUUUAAAGUACAACAACGUGUACACCUAUCCUGACUGGGGCUACGGCAUCGGCUGGCUAAUGGCCAUGUCCUCCAUGGUGUGCAUCCCAGUGGGCAUAAUCUGGAUGAUCUGGAAGACUCCUGGAACCUUUUCUGAGAGAAUGAAGAAGCUGACCACCCCCAGCCCCGACCUAAAAAUGAGAGGCAAACUCGCUGCCCUCAGUCCUUACGCUGUCAAUGAUGCCAAACUUAAAGCAGACGGCAAGAUAUCCACCAUUUCAGAGAAGGAGACACAUUUCUAAUUGACCCGGUGACCGACCGAGCUGCCAGCUGUCUUAAAGGACCAGUCCAACAAAAAUAAAAACCAUCACAGCAUUACAGGCCGCUACACAAAACAGAAAAUGGAACAAACAACUCAGUGUGCUGGUUUUGUUUUGUAAAGAAAAGAGUCUAAAAAGAUGAUGAUGACACUAGUCUGCUUCUGUUUUUGCACAGCCUUUAAAUAACACAAUUGUUGUCUUAACAUUCAAGCUAAAGCAGCUCUUUCCUCAUUUUUAGCCAUUAAUAAUUUAAAGAUGUGCUUGAUUUUGUGUGUUAAGUGGUAAAAACCUAUCUUGGUAAUUUGUCAGUAAUGGUCUCACUUGUGUCUGUGCCUUUAGGACAAUGACAGUGUGUUGUAUAAGGCAUACUCUCUACAAGUAUUGGCAAUUUGCUGCGCUCCUAUGUAAGGUACAAAGUACCCGAAUGAGACUAUGAGAUGUAGCAGCUCGAGGACUAUUUUGAAUAUAUAUUCAUGCUCAACCUGCAUGUGUGGGCUUCACAACCUUGCAGGUAAAACUUUAAAUUUACCAUUGAAAUGUAAGAUCUUAAACUGUGAGGACGCUAAAAUUUAAGGAGUUUUAGACCAACAUGAAAACAAAGAAGCAACUAAACCUCUAAAUAAACGUCCAUGUUUUGGAGGUUUACAGUAUAACAGAAAGACAAUUAAACAACCGAGGGUUCAAACAGCACAAAAACAAUCUUGUUGCUUAAAAAGACAAAUCUUUUAUUUUGAGGUUUACGCCAUGGUUCUUCACAUGGCUACAAAUAGAUGUUUGUGACUCGCAGGCUGAGUCAGAAACACACCUCUUUCUCCUCUAGCCGCCCUCCUUAAAGUUAUGGAUAUCUGUCAUUUCACAGUAAUUAUGCUGAGCCUAACAGAGACUGACAGAUAGACGUGCCUCCAACCCUUCAUUUUUAUUUCCUGCUCCGCCUGUAGAGAAGAAGAUGGACACGCAUCAGAUGAGCAUUUCAAACCUCAUCUGUCCUCUUAUUUUCACUCUUUCUCCUCAUCUUUGGGCUCUUUUUCCCCACUGUUCUCCCUUUUCAACCUCAGCCUCUUCCUCUCUUCCUCUUUCAGUGUUUUCUUCUUUCCUCUAUUCUGCUUCUUUUCCGCUCCCUUUCAUCGCACGGCUGGCUUGAAUAAUUACACCAGUCUCAUAUGAAUGAAAUAUAAUACUUUGCAUUUUAUCACGCAUUUAUGCCUCAGCAAUAUUUUUUCCAUUGAUUCUGUUGAAUUACUUGGACCUUUUUAGCCUGAAACUGGGAACCUUAAGGUUUUCUUUUUUUUUUUUUCCUGUCUGAGCCAGUGCGAAGGUGAACGAGCUGUUCUUGUCUUCUGUAGUGGGAGGCAAUGAGCCGGUCUCAUUGUUCAAAUCAGUCAAAUAUCCUACAGGCACUGAAAAUGCAUUCACUUUCUGUUUUUCUUAUGUUUUCUGAUGAAAAUGCUACCAGAGGAGAGCAUCUGAGGAAAUUCACAUUCAAAUUCAAAUUCUCACUGUUUUUAGGGAGGGGGGCAAGAAGCAAUUGAAGAAUUAAGGGAUUUGCGAGAGGAGGAAGUUUGUGAUCAUGUUGGAAAUGAAAGAAACUGAGGAAGUGUUUAUUGUUUGAGGCGCCUCCUUUUAGCUGUGACAUUCUCCUAAGCAACUAAUCGGUCCUCUAGAUGUGGGUGCAUUUAACGUUAUCGCCACAUCACUGAUGUUUCUGCAAGGUAGUAGUUGUGUGCACCAAAACCUUUUUAGCGUGCUGUUAAUACUGAUCACACUGCUGUAAUCGUUGGUUUACUCCUUGACUGAUGAAAAGUGUUUAAAAAGAACUGUUAUAAUAAAAAAGACAAUAUUUCAUCUUUUGAUAUGCUCAACAGAAUCUGUAAUAGAGAUAUAAUGAAAAGUGUUAAAUACUGUUCAGUACUGCUCUACACAGGUUUUGGUAUUCACUGAACACAUGAACUGUCUGCUUAGUCAUUUUUAAAAAUAAAUAUGGAAAAAAGUUUA